AUGAAGAAACAUCAAUUAGUAAGCAUACUGAAAGGAUCAACUCCGAGAACAAACAUUACGAGUGUGGCCAUUUCGAGGUCUACUUCCUCUCAAAUGUUGGUGGCUGGAGGUGAAUCGACAGGAAAAGUAUUGAUUUGGAAUGUCAUGUUAUCGGGUUGUAGUAGUGGAAGCAAUGAUGUUAUCAGAAAAUCAAAUAAUACAAGAAUCAAACAAGAAUUGGGGGAUGACGACGAGGUGGAUGAGGCAGCCCUUGUAUUGACACCUGUUAUAGAUGAUGAUUUGGAGCCAAUUGUGAUACUGCCUCAUGAAAAGGAAGAUCCGAUUAGUUGUGUUUGCUUUGGAAAUCGAAAAUCUGAAAUGUUAUGUUCAGCAUCCAGUUCUUGUGUAAAGUUGUGGAAUGUUCUUGCAUAUCGGGAUGGAUUUCAGGAUGAUGGAGUGGUGAUUGGAUCAAAUGUUGGAAAUGUUUCAUUUGUAAAGUUUAGCGAUAACGAUGAAUUGUUGUAUAUUGGAUUGGAAGAUUCUAUAUUAAUUUAUCAUAUAGAACUGGCAAAGGUGAUACUGAGCUUGGAGGGGCAUCAAUCUCCCGUGACUGAGGUUUUGUUUUUGAGACAUUUACAACAUUGUAUCAUUAGUGUUUCCGAAGAUAGAACUUUUAAGAUAUGGGAUAUUUAUGAGAGGAAAGUAUUGUACAAAUCAGGAGUUCUCUCACCGUAUCCAAUUAUUUCAGUUUGUGAGGAAUAUGGCGUGAAUAGAUUCAUGAUUGGUUUUAGUAAUGGAAUAGUUCAAAUAUACGAGACGAAAAAUGAUGAGAGUUUAAAGUGCCUUUGGGUGAAACUGCUUCACGAAUUUGACCUCAACAAGAAGAUUAAAAAGUUCAUCAAGCCAGAGGAGAAAUCUCCAAUACCCUCAUUUGAAGUCAUUAGUAGUGAGCCAAUUUGGAGACAGCAACAUAAUUUCAUUCAAAAACAAUUCGAUACUGAGGAAGAUUCUCAAGAGCUGACUCUAUGUGAGUAUUCACAUUGUGCAUCCAAGAUGAAUUUCUUUUCGAAGAAUGACAAUGACUAUGUAAUGAUAUGCUCCAAAUCAUUGGCUGUUGAUAUUGAUCUGUCAUCUUUUGAGAUUGAGAGAAUGUAUGAUAUUGCAAACGUGACAGACCAAUGCAAGGACUUGUUUCACUCUUUUGAUGCACAAUUCAUUGAGGAAUGUAGUACACGUUUGGUGGCAGCUAGUGCCUUUCAACCAUAUAUCUAUGUCAUGGAUAUUAACCAUCAAUCUAUGACCAUCGAGAGGAAGAAUGAAAUUCCAGAUUCCAUCCUAAAACCAAAGCAGACUAAAAUUGAAGGAGACGUCAUUUCCAUGACUCAUACAGAUGAACUGCCCAAUUAUUUGAGAGGAACACUAGUUAAGGUUACUCCAACACCUCAGAAAAAGACCAAAGCACUUGUUGACAAGCCAUCAACUUUUUCCACAAGAAUCAAAUCUUCAGGUUAUUCAGAAGCACCAUUUGUUCCUGCUCACUUGAAGAAAAAACCCACCUCCUCUUCCUCAUCAUCUACCUCAUCUACAAUUAAGAAAACAACAACGACCAAAGAACUUGUCACUCCGAGUUUUGAAAAACCUCCAAUUAAUCUUUCAUCAGAGCUCCGAGUUCACAACUCUCCAAUUCUAUGCAUGUCUAUUUCCCCCAAUAAGGAAUCUAUUGUAACAGGAUCUAAUUCUGGGCUCUGCAUGCUUUCUAAACUUCCUCUAUCAAACAAGAACAAGGGAGUACCACUUGAGAAACAUUCUGUUGCUGUCAAUUCAAUCAAUUGGACACUCUCAUCAAAAUUAAUUUUAACAUCAAGCUCUGACAAUACGGCAACAAUUUGGAAAAAUGGAAAGAAUGGAAUUGAACCAGCUAUUAAUUUUAAGAGUAUUUUGGGAAAUAUUAAGAGUACAACCUCUGAGGAAAACAAGAGACCAGAGCAAAUUUUCAAAUCGAGUGUAAAUAAUGCAAGUUUCUUCCAUCAAGAUAGAUUUACCGUCCUUUCGAGCUCUAAUAAGAUGUAUAUUUACAAGUACUAUAUUCACAAGAGUACAAACUCUGAUGAAAAGUAUUUGAAAAAACAAGUAGAUAAUCACAAGUACAAACUUGGUCAUGUUUUCGAAAGCAGACAGGCCCAAAAGAUUACAGCCCUAACAUGUCCAAAUUCCUACUUGUCAAAUUAUAUUUUACUUGGAUAUUCUAGUAAAACUUUGGAGAUUUAUGACGUUUGCAAAGAUACAGUAGUAAGAUCAAUUGAAAAUGCCCAUGAAAGACCAAUUCAUACCAUUUCUCUAAAUAAUUCUCCGAAUGCCACUAGCGAUUCGAUCAACUUUUUCCUUACUUCCUCCGUUGAUGGAUGUGUAAAGCUGUGGGAUGCAAGGCAACAAGAUCCAAUUAGAAGAUAUAGUCAACAUAAGAAUUCGAUCCAUUCCAUUGGAAAUGCUAUAAGCCCUUGUAUGCGAUACAUUGCUUGUGGAAGUGAAGAUCGAUGUGUGUACCUUUAUGAUUUGACAACAUCUGAAAAGUGCAUUGAGAAAAUUAUUGGAUAUCAUUCAGAUGUUGUUUCUGAUGUUAAAUUUAAAAAUUCUACUACUUUAUUGAGCUGUUCCUUUGAUGGAAAAAUCAACACCUACUCUUCAGUCAAGUAA